AUGUCUACCAGAGAUAAUAAGAUCAAGCUAUUUCAAGCUCAUAAUGAGGCCUCUAUCGCAGCGAUCGCUCGAACUGUCAAUGCAGCCUUUUCUUCUGACCCGCUGAUCCAAUGGCUCCGCCCGAAUGCGCAACCCUGGGCCCGACAAAACCUCAAUAUUCAGAAAUGGCAACAUCGCCGUGUACAGUCAAUCAUGGCCAAUGGGUUGGUUUUUCAAUCAUAUGAUGUUAGCCAGAUUGCCCGCGAAAAUCCACAAAAGGGAGAAGCAAGACAAUCGUCUCAGAGCUCAGAUAGCUCAUUCGGGAAGUCGGCUGAAGUGUCUCUGUAUGAGGAACAAGCUAAAGCUGCAGGGUUAGAAGAUGCAGGUGCUGUCGUCUUUCUUUUUCCACCUCCAGGAGAGAUUGGGUGGUCCUUCUCCCGUACAUUGUUAAAAUGCAAGAUUUGGCUGCUGGAAAUCUUCAACCCUAUUGAGGAUAAGGAUUGCAAAAUGGAGAGAGUUGAUCUAAUGAUGUCAUCUCACACAAAAUCCCUGGAUUCCUUACAAACGGAGUACAGACAGGGAUUAUGGUAUCUAGAAGUCGUCGCCGUUCAUCCCUGUUUGCAGUCGAGAGGGAUCGGCAAGAAUGUUAUGAAGUGGACCUUGGACUAUACUCGAAAUCAGCCUCUGUAUCUCGAGUGUACUCAAGAGGGGAACAUUAGAUUCUACGAAAGUUUUGGCUUCCGUGUUGUCGAGGAAAUGGUAUUGACGGAUGAAACUUCCCAUAACGAAAGCGCUACAGUGAAGUUAUGGGGCAUGAUACGGACGGGCGAAGACAGUGCACAAUAG